AUGCCGCGCUUCAGCAGCACCCUGCUGCUGCUUGUCGUAGCGGUCGCCGUUUCCGCGUUCAUCGUCGACACAUGCGCCGCUGAUGGCGACAGCAGCCGGCGCUUGCUGGCAUCAGGUAGGUGUGCCGUCAUUCAAGCAGGCUGCCCGUACACCAUUCAAGCUGGUGACACCUUUUGGGCGAUCGCUCAGCGGCGCGGCACCACCGUGGACGCCAUUCAGUCCUUGAACCCGGGAGUUGUCCCCUCCGGGCUGCAAGUCGGCCAGGUCAUCAAUGUGCCGUGCUCAGGAGGAGGGGGCUGCCCGUACACCAUUCAAGCUGGUGACACCUUUUGGGCCCUUGCCCAGCGGCGCGGCACCACCGUGGACGCUAUUCAGUCCUUGAACCCGGGAGUUAACCCCGCCGGGCUGCAAGUCGGCCAGGUCAUCAAUGUGCCGUGCGGCCCUUGAGGUCCUCCAUGCAGUGGUGGUAGCAAAGUCCUUUACUCGGGAUCAGGCAGUGGCACCUACUACUACGACCUGCGCACCACGUGCCCCCAAAACCCCGGUGGCUUCCCAGAGAACAACGGCUAC